GCGGCAGUCCCAUGGUCCGGCGGCGGCGGGAUGGCGGCGAAAGGGGCCGCGCUGCUGCUGCUGCUGCUCGGGGCGGCAGCGGCGCCGGGCCCGGUGCGGGGCUCGCAGGGGGAUCGGGAGCCCGUGUAUCGGGACUGCCUGGCCCAGUGCGAGCGGCGCAACUGCUCGGGGGCCGGCCUGCGGCACUUCCGCUCCCGGCAGCCGCUCUACAUGAGCCUGACAGGCUGGACCUGCAGAGAUGAUUGUAAAUAUGAGUGCAUGUGGCUUACAGUGGGGCUUUAUGUCCAGGAAGGUUACAAAGUGCCUCAGUUUCAUGGCAAGUGGCCCUUUUCCCGCUUCCUGUUCUUCCAGGAACCUGCUUCUGCCUUUGCCUCUUUCCUUAACGGACUUGCCAACUUUGUGAUGUUGACUAGAUACAAAGCAUCUGUCCCGCCUUCAUCUCCCAUGUACCACACCUGUAUCGCCUUUGCCUGGGUUUCAUUAAAUGCCUGGUUCUGGUCUACAGUCUUCCAUACAAGGGACACUGAUGUAACCGAGAAAAUGGAUUACUUCUGCGCAUCCACCGUCAUCCUGCACUCCAUCUACCUGUGCUGUGUCAGGACCCUGGGUCUGAAACGUCCAGCCUUUGCUAAUGCCUUUGGGGGUUUUCUGAUCCUCUUCCUGGCCUGCCAUGUCUCGUACCUGACGCUCGUGCGCUUUGACUAUGGCUACAACAUGGCCGCAAACGUGGCGAUCGGCCUUCUCAACCUCUUCUGGUGGCUGGGCUGGUGCGUCAGGAACCAGCAGCGCCUCCCGUACGUGUGGAAGUGCGUGGUGGUGGUGCUGCUCCUUCAGGGCCUGGCGCUGCUCGAGCUGCUGGACUUCCCGCCCCUCUUCUGGAUCUUCGACGCACACGCCAUCUGGCACAUCAGCACCAUUCCUGUCAACGUCCUCUUCUACAGUUUCCUCCGUGACGACAGCCUGUACCUCUUGAAGGCGAACUCGGACAUUCUGAAAAUAGACUAAAGUUGUCAGGGGGGCCUGCCGUGCGGAGAGGAGCUGUCCCCUCUCUGACAUGCGAGACCUUCUGAGCGCCUUUCCCAGCAGCAUGCCGGGUCUCAAGCCAGCUGCUCUCGAGAAGCGGUGAUGUUGUGCUCUUUCAUCGAGUCCCUGUCCGGAAUCUGUGGCCGUGCCGAGACCUGCUCUCUGCCUUCUUUGACUCCUGGGUGCACCAGAAUCCUGGGUAAACGUCACCCUCCGCCAGCUGAGUUUUGUUUCCUCUUUUCUUGCCUUCAAAAGUUUUUAAUUCUAAUCCCAUGACUCGUUCGAUUAGAACAUCAACGAUCCAUCUCGCCCACACGCUCCCCCCCACACACUGUAAUUAAUGCUCUUCUGUGCUACCGGGCAACAUGGUGUGUUUCCGUUUCCACUGUUAUGAAAUCUGUUUGAUUCUCAGCUUGCUGAGGGAUUUCAGACUAAGUGGGAAAUGUUGGUGAACCAACUGGUGACUCGGUAGACUGGAAGAUGUCGCGAGCACGUUGGGGGGACAUCUGGUCAUGAAGUUGUGUGGCCCACAGGACCUCAGACUCUGCAGUCAGCCGCUGCGGAAAUGGGUUAUUGUAAAAUCUGUGUAAAUAAGAUGGGUGGCCCAGCGGCAUACGCUGCUCUGUACAUUGGAUUCACUCGUCCUCUGAGAAUCGAGCCUGUGGUUCCGUGCCGUGAAACCUCCUUCAGUAGUUGUGGGGAGGUGGCUCUCCCAGGCUGUGGGGCACUUGGGAGCUCUUUGCUGUGCAGAGGUGAUGUUUUUGAAAUGGGAUACUCGGCGCAGUGUGAAAUGCCAGGCUGACUCGGGCAGUUCAACACUUAUUUUUCCGCUCCUUGACAAACCUGCUCUGAUGAAUCCUGUGUGCCCUAUAGAGGGAAAUGCCCCUUUCUUGCAAGGGGAGGGGGCGCCAAGGUCCCCCAAAGAUUCCCUAGUCCCUGCAUACCACUUUAAGUCACCCACAUGUUGUGGCUAGUCCACCAUCCUUUCCGCCUGUCAAGUGCUGAGAAGGGACUCCCUGCAGCGCUGAGAUGAGGGCCUCCUGGCUGGGGGUGGGGGGUGACGUCUGCCCCCCCCCCCCCCCCCCCCCGUUAUUCCAGUUGCUGAGGGGAGCAGAUGAAAAACAGAACAGGACUAUUCUGUGCGUAAUGACAUUCCUGGCUCCCCCUUUGCCAUUGCAUUAGUCAGGGGCCUGCUGUAUGUUACAGGAUUAAGGCCUGACUGAGUAAAGUGAAAGUCUGAGUGCUCUGGGCUCCGCUCGUGAAAGCAGAGAGACCAGGAAUGCGCCCAAGGGAUCAGCAAGUGCCUUCCUGAUCGCCAAAGGAAGUCAAUCGCAAAAGGUGUUAGGACUGUUGCUGUAUUGCUGUGUCACCACUAGGUGGCGAGCGUUGCCAAUCCAUUGACAUUUCAAACUCUCCCUGUCUGAGGUUUACAGCCGGCCAGCUAGGCUGGUCCAUGUUUGCCUGAAAGCCAUCUGGCAUCCGUGUGCCCUGUGCCACCAGAUGGGGCUUGGGACAUUGGGUUGGAGAGCCCAUGAAUCUGGGUGUCCUCCGUUGUAUUGUGCUGUACGGUCUCCUAGAGAAUUCAUGCCUUGUGUCUGAAUGGGCCCAGCCUGCGUGUGACCCCGUUAGGACCGUUCGUGGUUCUGUUAAAGGCUUGGUGUUAUUAGCUCAGACUUCUAGUCUGCAUGGGGCUGCAGGGGUUGAUUUGGGGGAGUGUGAGAGUGUGUGUGUGUGUGUGUGGCUUGUUUGCAAAAUUAGAUUUACUUCCAUUGUUAAAGAUAAAGUCCAGGUGUGUGGGUUUUGUUUUGUUUUUUUUGGGGGGGGGGGUGAUUGCACUCCAGUUGGGAACUGGAUUUUGUUUUUGUGGGUGCCGCCCUGAGUAACCUCCAUGGCUGGGCUGGGCUGCCCCCCAACUCACAGAUGUGACGCGAGAGAAGGGGGUAAUACACAAGCUGGUCCGAGCAAGGGACAGGAAGCCAAGAACUCGCCAGGGGCCUGAGGUGCAAUGAGUCUGGGGAACUUGGUCCCUUCGGCACCGACCCCGCAAAGCGCUUGCUCCCCAGUAAGGACCUGAGUGGUUCCAUUGACUUAGCUUGGACUGCCUGAGGCUCUGAUCCAGAGCCCUUUGCAGUCAGUGGAUAGGUCAGACGUCGUGCUUGGCGGACUGGGCCAUACAGAAGUCUGCGAGGACGAUGGCUUGGAGAACGUGAGCGAAGCUGGGAAGUCCUGGCAAGUGGCUCCCUAGAGGACUCGUAUUUAUGUUGACGGCAGUUAGCACAAUAGCUUGUGUUCAGUGGAAAUUAGAGACUAUGGCAGCAUGGUGGUAACCCUGGAGAACUUAGGGUGUGUGGGUGGGUGUGUGUGCGUGUGCAGAUGUAAUUGACUACAUACCAUGAUGUUUUCCCCUGCCUAGGUGCAGAUGUCUGUCCAUCUGUAUCUCCGUCGCUGCUUUGUCUCAUUGUUCAAAACCCAAACUCUUGAACUUAAGUUGCCUGUAACAUCCUUGUCCCGGUGAUGAGGAAAUCUUCUACAGCCCGUAUGUUUGUCCCAGAGUUUUGUAUGCCUCUCUCUCUUCUCUUCUGCCUUCUCCCGUGUUUAACCUGCCCAUCGCCUUCCCAGAGAAACCACCCAAUGCCCUGGCUCUCCUCCAAUUACAGAGCUUGUCAACUCCACCACUGCCCAGCUACACUGAGCCGCUUAAUGCAAAGAGUGACUUCUGCAUGUUCCCCAGACGGCUGUGGAAAGAUCAGUCCAGACAAGCCACCUUGAAAACUUUAGGAAAAGUAAAGGCCAGCACAAUCCUGGUCCUUAUCGCAGUCCCACCCUCUGGCCGUGCAGGGGUCCCGAGCCGUGGCUCUCAACCAGGGCUCCACCAAACUAACCCAGAGAGCAGGGCUGGCAUUAGACACUCCGGGGCCCAGGGCUGAAGUUGAAGUCCAAGCAACUUAGUUUCGAGGGGCCCCCUGGGCCAGGCCCUGCUUGCUACCCCCUAACGCUGGCCCUAGCUUUUAAUCUACAGGAUAUGCAGAAAACCAGUUGUUGGGGCACAGGUGGGCCAUGGAAUUUUCAAAGCAUGUUGGGGGGUGCUCAGAAAGAGAGGUUGAGAACCCCUGGUCCAGAGAAUGGUUCCUUCCCCUUGGUAGCCUCUCCUGCCUUCCUUACACCAGGGCGGCAAUAGGGCAGCUGGGCUCGCUUGCCAAGGACGGCACCCACUGGCGUAUCUGCUGCCUCCUAGGUCGCUGGCGGGCUUCAACCUGUUACUGGAAGGAGUCGCAAUAGGCCUCCGUAUCCUCCUCUUAUGAUAGUGCUGAGACAUGGCUGGGCUUCCCAGGGUGGGGCUGGUGCCAGCAUUCCCUCCUGGCACUCCAGCCCCUGCUCUGGCCCCUGGAGAGCCACCGUCCCUUCUCCCCACUUGCUCCAGGGCUUGGCACCUGCUCUGCAGGUCCAGGGCUCUGACCUCACCUUUCCAUCCAGCAGCCAUCCCAGGGCCUUGCCUUAUUCCCACCUGGUCUCCUGUAGCCUGAGUCUCAGGGGAAGCAUCUCUGGGGAAAAAAUGCCCUGCCUCUGGCUUUAAACCGUAGUUUUCCUUGUUCGCUGCGCUUGUGCGUGUGCUGGAGCAGAUCGUUUUCAGGCCAGUUUAAAAACUCCUGUUGCACUGGGAGAGCUUGAUCCAUGAGCCCCUCCCUCCCCCUGGCUUUCCACCGGCAUGCUGUACCCUAGCAAGGAGGAGGCAUUUGGUGUGAUGCUGUAGUUAGCAGGGUUGUAAUGGAGGCUUCUCGUGGAAAUUCUUGCCAAGAACAGACUGAUGGCUGUGCGUGCCGGGGUGUACAACAGGUGAUCGUACAGUGAAAGCAGGUGAAGUUUCUCUUGGGGGGUGUGUGUGUUGGUGUGAAACGCAGCUCCUGGCCUCUGAGAGCUCUGUGCCAACUUCUUACUGAAAUGUCCCAGUGUGUAAUUUUAGAAGUAGAAAACAAACAGCACAUCCUCCCUAGAUAGCUCCCACCCAACGCAGCACAUCGCGUGCUCGCCCGCUGUCCGGUCACCCUCGGAGCUAUCGCCAGAGCCUGGCAUCUGUUUUUCACAUGGAAAAUGACCGGACAUUCUCCUGGCAUCGCCCCUGCCAGCCACUUCAGCUGGGCUUGGUAACAGAAUUUCCUGAAGGUGACCUGAAAGUGCUGUUGGUGGGAGCAGCUGCUUUGCUGCGGGGGAAGGGGAGAGCAUAGAUUUGUGGGUUUCUUUUUCCUCCGUUUCCGAGGAUAUUUCCUUUUCUGGUUGUACAGGUGAUGGGUUGGGAUAAUCUGUAUAUAUCAUGGUAAUAAGGGAAUGGGGGCAGAUUUUCUAUCACUGUACAGCCCACACACGUGUCGUAUGGGGAUGUGAAUGUGACUAACGUGUAUUCUAUUGCUGUUUCACUUCUUAAAUCAGCUCUUUGGAGCGUGAUCAAUUAAUUGUAUUAGACUUGGGUCAAGUCGACGAUUAUUGCAAACGGUGCAAAUAAACCUUUGUCUGUAUUGUU